ACGUACAAGAAGUAAGACAGUGAAAAAAUGUCUCCAAGAGCAUCAUCAGAUUUUGGUUUAUACAAAGAAAAACUCAAAGAAAAUAAUAUGAAGUCGAUCAAAUUUAUUUUUAUUAUAAUUGUCACAGUGCCCUUUUUGCUUCUGAUUUUGUACGGCGUGUCUACCCUUCUAACUCGAGAACCUGACAAUUUUGAAUCAACUAUCGAAAAACCGGCCCCAAAUGCCGAAAAACUGGUAGUAUCCCAAUCGAUCAAAAGAGACUUCUACCAAAACUCACCCCCGAAACCCUUUGGAGUAACAUUUCGAGGCCAACCCCCUUCAGAAUUCACAUCAACAACUGAGAAAAUCACGACUUUGAACUACCCCCAACUUAAUUUUCGUCACAGACACUACCCCAACAACAUUCAAGAGGUCAUAGGGUACGGGGGCAGAUUCCACCCCCCAACUUACCAAGUCAAAUAUAGCAACUACUACACACAAUCACAAAGCCAAAACGUACCAAAAAAUCAGAGAUCUACAAGAAAUUUCAGCCUCGAUGAGAACGAUCCGUUUUACUUGUACAAACCUCAAGAUCCCGGAGAUGUCAACCUUCUCGCCACUUCUAGUUUGAGAUUUGCUCCCCCGAUUUGGAGUAAUCUCAAGCCGAAAUCGCAAAUUCCGCGAGUUUAUUUUCCACAGCAAUACCAGGAAAAUACCCAUCGGCAGGAAAUUUACAACUACCCCAAUAAACCACUAAGAGUGACUUUAAAUGUUUAUCCGAACGAAAAUGAGCAAAGACAAGGGUUGAGGCAAUUUAUAAAUCACAAGAUUGAGAAUUUACAAUCGAAGAUACGAUUUCCUGAAACUAAGCACAAAAAAAUGGUGAUCCAUGUGAACUUAUAUCCGGAUGAGUUUAGACAGGGUGAGAGUAAAAUGUAUCGAAAUGUUUUAACAACAACUCCGGCAACUUGAAUUGCACAA